CAUCCGCUGUGGUCGCGAUCUAGUGUUGGAGAAGGGACUUUGUCAAACUGUAGCGAUGUCAGUGCAGGUUGUGGCAGCGAAAAUGGCAGAGGUCGAACUCAAAGACGUCGCCGCCGGUAAACAAUUGCCGGCCGACUCCCCGACAUCCCCGAUCUCGGCGGGACUCAGCCUGGCCAGAAACUAUCCGCACGAGGCCGGUUCCUCCGUCACAGCGGAGCCCUCCGCCAAAGCCGGGGAAGGCAGCCCGGGAUUGCUCGCCCCCAACGCGGCGAAGAUGCCGCAGGCGUCGGCUAUGAAGCGGCCGGACCCCCAACAGAACGGCGGGGAGGCGUUUGUCAACCGUGACGGCACCGUCGCGGAGGCGCCGCGUAUGAAAAAGAUCCAGUUCGCAGACCAGAAGCAGGAGUUCAACAAGCGCCCCUCCAAGAUCGGCCGCCGCUCUCUGUCGCGUUCCAUUUCUCAGUCCUCCACAGACAGUUACAGCUCAGCGGCGUCAUACACAGACAGCUCCGACGAUGAGACGUCUCCCCGGGACAAACAGCAGAAGAACUCAAAGGGCAACGGUGACUUUUGUAUCAAAAACAUCAAACAGUCCGACUUCGGACGGCGAGAGAUUGAAAUAGCGGAGCAAGAGAUGCCAUCCCUCAUGGCUCUGAGGAAGCGAGCCCAGGGCGAGAAACCCCUGGCUGGUGCCAAGGUGGUGGGCUGCACCCACAUCACUGCCCAGACUGCUGUGUUGAUGGAGACUCUGUCAGCUCUGGGGGCUCAGUGCAGAUGGGCCGCCUGUAACAUCUACUCCACCCAAAAUGAAGUGGCAGCUGCCCUGGCAGAAGGAGGUUUCAGUGUGUUUGCAUGGAAAGGCGAGUCCGAGGACGACUUCUGGUGGUGUAUCGAUCGCUGUGUCAACGUGGAGGGCUGGCAGCCCAACAUGAUUUUGGAUGACGGCGGAGACCUGACUCACUGGAUCUACAAAAAAUACCCCAACAUGUUCAAGAAGAUCAAGGGCAUUGUGGAGGAGAGUGUUACUGGUGUGCACAGGCUCUACCAGCUGUCCAAGGCAGGGAAGCUGUGUGUCCCGGCCAUGAAUGUCAACGACUCUGUGACCAAGCAGAAGUUUGACAACCUCUACUGCUGCAGGGAGUCCAUCCUAGACGGCUUGAAGAGGACCACUGAUGUCAUGUUUGGAGGCAAGCAAGUGGUGGUGUGUGGAUAUGGAGAGGUGGGGAAAGGCUGCUGCGCUGCCCUCAAAGCAAUGGGCUCCAUCGUCUACGUCACAGAGAUCGACCCCAUCUGUGCCUUGCAGGCUUGCAUGGACGGCUUCCGGCUGGUCAAGCUCAAUGAAGUCAUAAGACAAGUGGACAUUGUCAUCACCUGCACAGGCAACAAGAACGUGGUGGUGCGAGAAAACCUGGACCGCAUGAAGAAUGGCUGCAUUGUCUGCAACAUGGGGCACUCUAACACAGAGAUCGACGUGGCGAGUCUGCGGACACCAGAGCUGACUUGGGAGAGAGUGCGCUCACAGGUGGACCACGUCAUCUGGCCCGAUGGCAAGAGGAUAGUGCUGUUGGCCGAGGGUCGUCUCCUGAACCUCAGCUGUUCCACCGUUCCCACGUUUGUGCUCUCAAUAACAGCUACAACCCAGGCUCUGGCUCUGAUAGAGCUGUACAACGCUCCAGAUGGACGCUACAAGCAGGAUGUUUAUCUGCUGCCCAAGAAGAUGGACGAGUAUGUGGCUAGUCUCCAUCUGCCCACCUUUGAUGCUCAUCUCACAGAGCUGAGUGACGAGCAGGCCAAGUAUCUUGGCUUGAAUAAGAACGGGCCCUUUAAGCCAAACUACUACAGGUAUUGAAGGCGCGUCAGAAGGUUGCCAUUCCGAGGGUUGACGGCGGCACACCGCAACAGACGGGACUCUAAAAGAGGCGGAGCUUGAUUGACAGGGGAGUCAACACACAUUCGUUGUAAUUCUUACUGGGAGGAGUUUAAUUUAUUCCCACAUGACAAAGAUGAGUAAUCAUAAUUGACAAACUGAGGAGGAGCUGCUGCUGCGGCUAUUUGCUAGCAGCUUGCUCGCUCCGGUCAAGUCUUCCUCUGGAGGACAUUUAAUUUCCCUUCUUUUGCUCUCACAUCCUCUCCUCCCGUUGCUACCGUUCUAUUUUUCCAACUCCAGUUAGAAAAAAGGAAAAAACUUGAUUUGAAAAAAAAAAAAAUACAUAUAUAUAUAUAUAUAUAUAUAUAUAUAUAUAUAUAUAUAUAUAUAUAUAUGUAUAUAUAUAUAUAUAUAUAUAUAUAUAUAUAUAUAUAUAUAUAUAUAUAUAUAUAAUGCAGGUUUCCUGUCCUUUUUGUUGUCGUCUUCUUUUAUACUUGUGGUUUUCUUGUCGUGUAAUGGAGUAUUUCGGGGGUAGGGGUGGUGUUUGGCUAUACCUGCUCAGGUGCGGUCCAAUCAUAUCACAUGUGUUUUCCUUUCUUUCCUUUUAAUUGUUUUAAAUACGCCCCAUGUACCAGACUGGACCCCACGCUCGGCUUUCAAACGUCAGUAUUUUCACAAACAACAAGUCACCGCAAUGUAUUUAAAGUUGUGAAAUCAUUAGAGUAGUAUAUUUAUACAGAACAUUUUUGUCUCCAUUUCAUUGUCGCCAAGAAGCAAUGAAAUAUUGUCUGUGUAAUAAAUGUACUUCUAUGAAAACUGUGAUUAUAUUAAGAAAGAAACCAAACAUGGAGUGAUCCGAAUGAACAACUCCACUGUCGACAGAGCGGGAUCAAACCCUCGGACAUUCACGUGCAGUGCGGCGGCAGAAUCAGCACAAGCUUGAUUUAAACACUAAUCACCCGAAUCAGCAACAAUGUUUGUGCUUUUCCGUCUUUGUGCUGUCUAGAAUCUUACCUCCAGAGCGGGGGUGUCCAAAGUGCGGCUCGUUUUGUCUUCGCACAUUCUGAGGAAAUAAAAUGACCGAGAUAUCUUAGCACAGCUGCUUUUCAUUAAGGGCCGCUUCCAACAGUGAAUAACAUUACAGAUUAGAUUUUUUUUUUAUGUACAAUGCAAAACAAAAGAGGCUAUUUGCGGUAAAAACUGGCAGCUCAGUUGCAAGAAUUUUAUCGUAAAAUUCAUGUUUUUUUUACAGCAAAAGCAAUAUUGUGUUUUUAAAGUAAAACCAAUUUUUGGGGGGGAAUUUGUAUUUGUUUUUGUUACUGUAAAUAGAAAACUGCUUUUUUUACGGUAAAAUUUUGCCAACUGAACUGCCAGUUUUUUACCGUAAAAAGAACUGUACAUUUUACUGUAAAUUCCAGAACGGUACAACAGUUUUUUUCCAGUAAGAAACUGGCAGCUCAGUUGCCAGAAUUUUAUCGUCAAAAAACAGUUACUGGUUUUUCCAUUUGUCAAAGUAAAAUGCUGUAAAAACCACAUGAAAUUUCACAACCAGUACCGCUGUUUUUUGUUUUGUUUUUUUACAAUAAAAAACCGUCAGCUAAGUAGCCUAUUUUUUUUGUUACUGUAAAUAGAAAAGUGAUUUUUUUACGAUAAAAUUCUGCCAACUGAAAUGCCAUUUUUUUUACUGUAAAAACUGUAGAUAAAAACAACUGUACAUUUUACAUACCGGUAUUACUGUAAAUUGCAAAAUGGUACUACAGUUUUUUACGGUAAAAACUGGCAGCUCAGUUGCAAGAAUUUUACCGUAAAAUUCAUGUUUUUUUUUUACAGCAAAAGCAAUAUUGUGUUUUUAAAGUACCGGUAAAACCAAUUUUUGGGGGGAAUUUGUAUUUGUUUUUGUUACUGUAAAUAGAAAACUGCUUUUUUUACGGUAAAAUUUUGCCAACUGAACUGCCAGUUUUUUACCGUAAAAAUAACUGUACAUUUUACUGUAAAUUCCAGAACGGUACAACAGUUUUUUUCCAGUAAGAAACUGGCAGCUCAGUUGCCAGAAUUUUAUCGUCAAAAAACAGUUACUGGUUUUUCCAUUUGUCAAAGUAAAAUGCUGUAAAAACCACAUGAAAUUUCACAACCAGUACCGCUGUUUUUUGUUUUGUUUUUUACAAUAACAGUCAGCUCAGUUGCCUAUUUUUUUUGUUAUUGUAAAUAGAAAAGUGAUUUUUUUACGGUAAAAUUCUGCCAACUGAAAUGCCUUUUUUUACUGUAAAAACUAUAGAUAAAAACAACUGUACAUUUUACAUACCGGUAUUACUGUAAAUUGCAAAAUGGUACUACAGUUUUUUACAGUAAGAAACUGGCAGCUCAGUUGCCAGAAUUUUAUCGUGAAAAAACUGUUAGUUUUUUCCAUUUGUCAAAGUAAAAUGCUGUAAAAACCACAUGAAAUUUCACAACCAGUACCGCUGUUUUUUGUUUUGUUUUUUACAAUAACAAACUGUCAGCUCAGUUGCCUAUUUUUUUUUGUUAUUGUAAAUAGAAAAGUGAUUUUUUUACGGUAAAAUUCUGCCAACUGAAAUGCCUUUUUUUACUGUAAAAACUAUAGAUAAAAACAACUGUAUAUUUUACAUACCGGUAUUACUGUAAAUUGCAAAAUGGUACUACAGUUUUUUACAGUAAGAAACUGGCAGCUCAGUUGCCAGAAUUUUAUCGUGAAAAAACUGUUAGUUUUUUCCAUUUGUCAAAGUAAAAUGCUGUAAAAACCACAUGAAAUUUCACAACCAGUACCGCUGUUUUUUGUUUUGUUUUUUACAAUAACAAACUGUCAGCUCAGUUGCCUAUUUUUUUUGUUAUUGUAAAUAGAAAAGUGAUUUUUUUACGGUAAAAUUCUGCCAACUGAAAUGCCAUUUUUUUACUGUAAAAACUGUAGAUAAAAACAAUUGUAUAUUUUACAUACCGGUAUUACUGUAAAAUGCAAAAUGGUACUACAGUUUUUUACAGCAAGAAACUGGCAGCUCAGUUGCCAGAAUUUUAUCGUGAAAAAACUGUUAGUUUUUUCCAUUUUUCAAAUCAAAAUGCUGUAAAAAUCACAUUACAUUUCACAAACGGUACUGCUGUUUUUCACAAUAAAAGACUGUCAGCUCAGUUGCUAAAUUUUUUUGUUACUGUAAAUAAAAAAAUUGCAUUUUUACAGCAAAAUUCCGCCAACUAAACUGCCAGUUCUUACCGUAAAAACUGUAGAUUUUACUCAAAAAUAAAUUGUCAUUUUUAGUGUUUGCUGCAAGCAAAGUAUUUAUUCAUUGACAAAAGUUUGAUUUGUAUGAUCAAACAUUCGUUGCAUUAUUAGAUAAUAUUGACGUUUAAAAACUAUGCGAUUUCAUGGAGUACAUGUAUUUUUUCUGUCAAAUGGGAAAAACUAAUACAUUUAGUAAGAUAAUAAGAACAAAUCUGUAGAUUUUACGGUAGCAAACUGGCAGCUCAGUCGCAGGAAUUUUACUGUAAAAUUCAUGGUGUUUUUACAGCAUUGUACUGUAAAUGGAAAAAAAUGGAAAAACAGUACUGCUGUGUUUUUAAAGUAAUAAACUGUCAUCUCAGUUUCUAAAUUUUUUCAAAUUUUUUCUUACUGUAAAUAGUAAACUGCUUUUUACGGUAAAAUUUUGCCAACUGAACUGCCCGUUUUUACCGUAAUAACUGUACAUUUCAAAUAUUACUGUAAAUUGUAAAAUGGUACUACAGUUCUUUACAGUAAAAAACUGGCAGCUCAAUUUUAUCGUCAAAAAACAGUUACUGUUUUUUCCAUUUUUCAAAUCAAAAUGCUGUAAAAAUCACAUUUCACAAACACUACUGCUGUUUUUCACAAUAAGACUAACAAAAAAAUGUUGUUACUGUAAAUUUAAAAAAAAAUGUUUACGGUAAUAUUCUGCAAACUAAACUGCCCGUUUUUACCGUAAAAACUACUGUAGAUUUUACUACAUAUAGCAAAACGGUACCACAGUUUUGAGUAAAAAAAAAAAGGCAUCUCAGUUGCCAGAAUUUUAUCAUCAAAAAUUUUUUCCCCCAUUUUCAGUAAACUGCUGUAAAUAAAACCAAAUACAAUUUUUACUGUAAAAUAUAUUGUCAUAUUUAGUGUAUGCUGCAAGCAAAGUAUUUAUUUCUAUUUUGACAAAAAAAAAUGUUUGAUGUGUAUGAAAACAUUUGAUGCAUUAUUAGAUAAUAUUGACGUUUAAAAACUAUGCGAUUACAUGGAGUACAUGUAUUUUUUUCUGUCAAAAUGGAAAAAAACUAAUAUAUUAACAAAAGAAAAAAAAAUCUGUCUCAGUCGCAGGAAUUUUACCGUAAAAUUCAUGGUGGUUUUUACAGCAUUGUACUGUAAAUGGAGAAAGAGUACUGCUGUGUUUUUAAAGUAAUAAACUCAUCUUAGUUUGUAAAUUUUUUCAAAUUUUUUCUUACUGUAAAUAGUAAACUGCUUUUUACGGUAAAAUUCUGCCAACUGAACUGCCCGUUUUUACCGUAAUAACUGUACAUUUUAAAUAUUACUGUAAAUUGUAAAAUGGUACUCCAGUUUUUUACAGUAAAAAGCUGGCAGCUCAAUUUUAUCGUCAAAAAACAGUUACUGUUUUUUCCAUUUUUCAAAUCAAAAUGCUGUAAAAAUCACAUUUCACAAACACUACUGCUGUUUUUCCACAAUAAGACUGACAAAAAAAUGUUUUUACUGUAAAUUUAAAAAAAAAAUGUUUAUGGUAAUAUUCUGCAAACUAAACUGCCCGUUUUUACCGUAAAAACUACUGUAGAUUUUACUACAUAUAGCAAAAUGGUACCACAGUUUUAAGUAAAAAAAAAAAAAGGCAUCUCAGUUGCCAGAAUUUUAUCAUCAAAAUUUUUUUUCCCCAUUUUCAGUAAACUGCUGUAAAUAAAACCAAAUACAAUUUUACUGUAAAAUAUAUUGUCAUAUUUAGUGUAUGCUGCAAGCAAAGUAUUUAUUUCUAUUUUGACAAAAAAAAAGUUUGAUGUGUAUGAUAACAUUUGAUGCAUUAUUAGAUAAUAUUGACGUUUAAAAACUAUGCGAUUACAUGGAGUACAUGUAUUUUUUUCUGUCAAAAUGGAAAAAACUAAUAUAUUAACAAAAGAAAAAAAAAUCUGUCUCAGUCGCAGGAAUUUUACCGUAAAAUUCACGGUGGUUUUUACAGCAUUGUACUGUAAAUGGAGAAACAGUACUGCUGUGUUUUUAAAGUAAUAAACUCAUCUUAGUUUGUAAAUUUUUUCAAAUUUUUUCUUACUGUAAAUAGUAAACUGCUUUUUACGGUAAAAUUCUGCCAACUGAACUGCCAGUUUUUACCGUAAAAAACAACUGUACAUUUAACAUAUUACUGUAAAUGGCAAAAGUAAGACACUGGCAGCUCAGUUGCCAGAAUCUUAUUGUCAAAAAACAUUUUUUUCCAUUUUUCAGAUCAAAAUGCUGUAAAAAAUCACAUUACAUUUUACAAACAGUACCGCUGUUUUUCCACAAUAAAAGACUGUCAGCUCAGUUGCCAAGUUUAUUUAUUACUGUACUUUUUUUUUUUUUAAACUAAUUUUUAGGGUAAAAUUCCGCCAACUGAACUGCCAUUUUUUUACUGUAAAAUCAGUAGAUUUGACUGUAAAUAGCAAAACGGUACUAGAGUUUUUAAGUAAAAAAAAAAUGGCAUCUCAGUCAAAAAACAUUGUUACUCUUUUUUCCAUUUACAGUAAAAUGCUAUAAAAUUAAAAAAAACAUCCACUUAUACUGUAAAAUAUAUUGUCAUUUAUAGUGUUUGCUGCAAGCAAAGUAUUUAUUUCUAUUUUGACAAAAACAUUUUUUGAUUUGUACGAUAAAACAUUAGUUGCAUUAUUAGAUUACAUACAUAUUUCUGUAAAUUGCAAAAUAGUACUACAGUUUUUUUGCAGUAAGAAACUGGCAUCUCAGUUGCCAGAAUUUUAUUGUCAGUUUUUUCCAUUUUUCAAAUCAAAAUGCUGUAAAAAUUACAUUACAUUUCACAAACAGUACCGCUGUUUUUCACAAUAAAAGACUGACAAUUUUUUUCAUUACUGUAAAAAAAAAAAAUCCACCAACUGAACUGACAGUUUUCACUGUAAAGACUGUAGAUUUUACUGUAAAUAGCAAAACGGUACCAGUUUUUAAGUAAAAAAAUGGCAUCUCAGUCAAAAAACAUUGUUACUCUUUUUUCCAUUUACAGUAAAAUGCUAUAAAAAAAAACAAAAAAACAUCCACUUUUACUGUAAAAUAUAUUGUCAUUUAUAGUGUUUGCUGCAAGCAAAGUAUUUCUAUUUUGACAAAAACAUAUUUUGAUUUGUACGAUAAAACAUUUGUUGCAUUAUUAGAUUACAUACAUAUUUCUGUAAAUUGCAAAAUAGUACUACAGUUUUUUUGCAGUAAGAAACUGGCAUCUCAGUUGCCAGAAUUUUAUUGUCAAACAGUUUUAACCAUUUUUCAAAUCAAAAUGCUGUAAAAAAUUGCUGCUUUUCACAAUAAAAGACUGACAAUUUUUUUCAUUACUGUAAAAAAAAAAAAAAAUCCGCCAACUGAACUGACAGUUUUCACUGUAAAGACUGUAGAUUUUACUGUAAAUAGCAAAACGGUACCAGUUUUUAUGGAAAAAAGGCAUCUCAUUUGCCAGAAUUUUAUCAUCAAAAACAUUAACUUUUUUUCAUUUACAGUAAAAUGCUGU